GCAGAUGCGGAAGUGCGACACUGGAGGAGGCAGUAAUUGAGACGCAUCCAAUGCAAAACACAAACUGACGAAUUUUGUGGUGGAUUUUUUUGUUGUUAUAUAAUUUAGAUUGACGCACCAGUAUAUCAAUCGACUCUAGGGGAUUCUUACAUGCGGGACUUUUAAUUAGAACAUUUCCGAAAUUCCCCUGAUACGGAAGUACUUUUUUAGUGUUGCUGACGAGACGCUGAUAUAGUAUUUCUGAACUGGAGCUUGUGUACAUAGCCAACAAACAAGUUUUGAAAGUGAUAACAGUAGCUACUGUUUUUAAACCACCUAAAUAUAUGUGCCACGGAAGUAGGUAUUGUAAAUGCACAGCUACAGCGCAUUUCUUGUUAAUUUCAUACUUUCAGCUUGCUAACGGAAGCUAUGCUUCAUAGUUAGCUAGCCAGUUUAGCUGUACUAUUUGUCUAGCGUGGUAAAGUUAGCUAACGUUAUCUAGACAAACUAAAUUACUAUGUCAGCUGUACCGUUAAUUAGACAAGCACAUAUGUAGCCAAGCAUAUUUGCUAUUAGCUAGCUACUUCGUAAAGGUUAGUAGCUAGUUAUGUAACGUUAGUUAGCUAGUAAUAUGUUCGGUCAUUAACAACACCUCCAACAGCAACAACGUAUUUGGCAGCUGCAACAACAUCUCCAACAACGCCAGCAGCUGCAAACAACCCAACUCAUGCCAUCCCAACUUCCACAUCAGCACCAGAUGAACCGAAGACUGACCCAACAAACAUGUUGUCACUGAAAAAUUGUCGGCUGCAACUGUGUGGUAAAACGGUGUACAGUAAGUGUGUAUUUUGCAUUUGUGACAUUAUCUUAAAGUAGAGGGAUUUAUGCUUCUAAAACCAUACCGCAAUUGACAACCAAUUCACGUUUAGAUGGAGUAUUUGGCUGUUUUGGCAUCCAGAGCCAAUUUGCCCUUUAAACAGAACAUGUAAGGUCCUUGGACUAGGGAUCAACGUCAGGCUCCUUGAUUCCAAUAUUGGGCUCUGACUGUUGGUGACUCAAUGUUGUCACACGAUUUGCUAGUAACCGGUUAUCGAUACUAAACUCCGAUUGAUAUAAGAGAACGGAUUUGAGCAUUCCUCAGAUACUGAACCUAGUAAUAAAUUCAGAAGCACCUUAUCCACAUUUUUGUCUAAUUUUCUAAUUUUGAUGUCAAUCAGACCACCACCACCUAGCAUGAUCUACCUCUGCCCAGUUCCCCGGGCCUCUCUCCUUGCCACCAACCCCAUGCUGCAAGGGGCACUGCUCAUGCAACAACCGAUGCGAGGUAACAUGCGAGGCUUGGCCAUGGGUAGUGGGCUACCCUUUACUUCAUUUUUGUCAGAGGGGACAAGGCAAUCUCUCCUUGGACCAGCUCCAAUCCCCCAAGUGGGAUUGUCCUCAUCAGGACCCAAUCAUUCCCUUACGCACUUUUUAAACAAGGAUAUUAGUGUUAGGAAGAGGAAGAAGGAACAGACAGGAAGUGCUGGGGGCCAGCUGAGCUCCAGCAGUGCAGAGGGGCCCGGGGAGAGGGAUGAUAGGACUACCAAUACAGAGAUGCAGGAAGCGGAAUCAGUUGGACAAUUCUUUGCAAAGCAACAGGUGCCUGAGAUGAAGAAGCAGAAGAUGAAUGGGUCAGAAGAGCCUGUGAAUAUACAAAUUGGACAAGAGGCAGUCCAGAAGUAUGAUAAAAAAAUGUCAACAGAUGUAUCUCAGCCUGUAGAUAUCUCUGCUCUCGAGUACAGAGGAGGAAGCACUUCCAUUGAAGUGGCGGAGGAAUGUUGCGAAGAAAGUAUAACAGCUGACCAUGUUCUGGGGGUAGGCACAUCCCUGAAAGUCACCAUCCAGCAGAGCAGCGAGAGCCGGGCAUUCAGCACAGGCCUAGAGGAGUUGGCUGCAGCAACAGCCACGGGGACCCCCUGUGGUGUAGAGGGACAAGGUGAGGACAGUGGAGCUGCGACUGACAGCCACUACUGCUACAUCUGCAGCAACCCCUACCACAACCAGCAGAAUUUCCAGAACCAUAUGAACGGAUUGGAACAUCAACAGCGUAUGAUGGAGAUUCAGCAAGUGAGCAAUGCCUGUCUGGUCAAUCUAUUACCACGGGUCGGCGACUCCCUACAGGGCACACACAAAGCUGGGGGCAAAAAGCCAGCAGGGGUGCAGCGCUGGUGUGCAACCUGCCAAACACACUUUACCGGCGAACUCAUCGAGCACCGGAGAACCAAGGAGCACAAGCUAUCAAAGCAGUCCUCACGUCCCUUCUGCACCGUCUGCAAUCGCCAGUUCAGGACGCCACGGAAGUUUGUGGAGCACAUGAAGUCCCGAGAACACAAGCAGAAGGUGGAGGAGCUCCGGGAGGAAGGAGAGCCAGAGGUUAUUGAGGAACUCAUCACUGUGGAUGCAGUGGGAUGUUUCGAGGGAGAAGAGGACUUUGAGGAGGAGACCCACAAGGAUGAGGAUAGCAGGGGAUCGCAGCCCGGUCAAAGAGCCGUCCUGCUAGAGCAUGUGGGGGACUACGAAGCGUUUGAUUCCGAAACACAAUACGGUUCAAGCUUUGUUGUCCCAGUGGCUGGUUUCCUCUGCAGACUGUGCCAUAAGUUCUUCUAUUUCGAGUCCACGGCCAGGCACUUUCACUGCAAGUCCCUCAUACACUUCCAGAACUUACAGAAGUACAAAGCCUUGAAGAAUCAAAAGAGCUCCGCUGCGGAGAACACCGAGAAGACAAGGACAUGCAGCCGAACAGUGGGGGACUCCCCUGACCUGAGAGAAUACAAGGUGGUUAUCCAAAUGGAUAAUGACUGUACAAAAGACUGCAACAUGGCUAGGAACAACACACAUCUCUGUGGUACCUCCUCUACCACAAUCAAGAUGCAUCCUGUUGUCUCUACUCAGGACAAGGCAGAGCAGGACAGUAUCUCCACUGCCACUCAGCAGGUCUCAGAACAGCUGGACUCAGACUCCGUAUUGCCAAAUACCGCAGUCGCUGUCCAUAGGCCGUGCUGCUGUGCCACCCAGCCUCCUUCUGGCUCAAGCUGUGGAUUGGAGAACACGGUGAAGCUGUCUCCAUGCCAAAGCUGCCAAAGGUCCCAACCAAGCCUCCAGGAGUAUGGGCAUGUUGUGACUGGAGAAAAAUGCUCCUGCAGAGGUGGAUGUGCUCUUGCUUUUCCUGCAGGGCAGCAGGACACAAACAUGAGCAUGCCUCAAACUGCAAGCGAGCCACCACGAGGCAGCCUCUUGGAAAGAGAGCAUCUGCAGCAGGAGAGCUCCACACUGUUGAUGCCACAUAUGCUCGAACUGGACGAGGACAAAGAACUAGUCAACAGAGAGGAAGUGGAACUAAAGGAGUCAGCUGGGAGGAUGCCAGGAAAGUCAAGGACCACAUCGAAAAGAAUGGCCUCCAAAACGAAAUCCACAAGGACAACCCACACAAAAACAUGAGCGCAGAACCCAGGAAAUUAACACAAACUAAUCCUCACAAGUCGUUAAUGAUGAGAUAUCUACACAUUGGGUGUGUGUGAGAGAUUGAAUGAGUCACCCAAUAUACGAUUUCAGACAAAUCCUGUUUGGUUACAGUAAAGUAGGCCUAGUUUAGUUUGAAUAGAAUAUACAGUUUGUGUUACUAUUUUAUUAAGUGAUACCAUUCACAGUAUUGCAAGGUAUCUCCAAUCACAGUGAGUGAGGCCAUAUUAUGUUGUUUUCUUUAACGUCUCUAGGGGGUGUGGGACGGUAGCGUCCCACCUGGCCAACAUCCGGUGAAAUUGCAGAGCGCCAAAUUCAAAUUAAAU